CGAGCGGGUGACGGGAAGGGGCAGCGUGGCCUUCCACAGGGCCCUCCUUCUGCUGCAGGAGCAACGCCGGUAGGGAGGACGCCCGGCAAGCAGGGGAGCAUCACCCACCUCCUUAGGAGCAAAGGUAAAGACAAGACAGCAGCCAUGGCUGAGGUGGGGUUUCAUUCUAAGGGAAGAGCAGCCCAGGCAACACAGCUGCUGGCUUAACCCUUCGAGGGGGAUGGCGAGCCAAAUGGGGCUGAACACCACGGACAGCCUAGAGCCACUCUCCAUCCCUGAACAGUCCAUUGCCCAGGAAGUGGUGAGCCUCUUCUGUAUGGUCCUACUGACCCUCAUUGCCCUGGUGGCCAACACUGUGGUGAUGCUCGUCAUUCUCAAAACUCCUCUUCUCAGGAAGUUCAUCUUUGUCUGCCACCUCUGUGUGGUCGACCUCCUCUCUGCCAUUUUCCUCAUGCCCAUAGGGAUUAUCUCCAGCUCGUCCUGCUUCAGCAGGGUGAUCUACAGCAUUACUGAGUGCAAGGCCUUGAUAUUCCUGAAUAUCUGCUUCAUCAGUGCCUCCAUCCUUACCAUCUCCAUCAUCAGUGUGGAGCGAUACUACUACAUUGUCCACCCCAUGAGGUACGAGGUCAAGAUGACUAUCAGGUUGGCGGUAGCUGGAGUGAUCUUCAUUUGGGUCAAGUCUAUUCUCAUCACUGUCUUGGCACUGCUGGGCUGGCCACAAGGCAAUGGGGCCACCAGUGCCAGCCGCUGCACGGUCUACUGGAGCCCUGGGGCCCACAAGAAGGUUUUUGUGAUCAUUUUCAUCGUCGCCUGCUUUAUUCUGCCCACCAUCAUCAUCUUUGCUGUCUACUGCAGGGUCUACCGAGUGGCCCGGAUGGCAUCCCUGCAGCACGCACCCGCACCAGCACAGGCAGCUGUGCCAGGACACAGAUCCGACUCCAUUGCCAGCCAAGUGACCAUCAUAACCACCAGGAACCUGCCGCUGCCUAGGCUGACACCAGAGCGCUUUUUGGGAAGCAACAAGGCCAUCCUCACCUUGGUCCUCAUCGUGGGGCAGUUCUUGUGCUGCUGGCUGCCCUUCUUCACCUUCCACUUGCACUCCUCUGUUGCUGCUGGCAUGGUGGACAGUGGGCACAGGGAGAUGCUGGUCACCUGGAUUGCCUACUCCUCCUUUGCCAUCAAUCCUUUCUUCUACGGGCUGCUGAACCGCCAGAUCCGUGAAGAGCUGGCUCGGCUCCGGCGCAGUUGUCUCAACCGGCCACUGGGCCAGGAGAUCUGUCUGUCUGUCUUAGAGGCGUCUGUCCAGGAAAACAUCCUGCAGUUCCUCCAGAGAGCAACUUGCACACUGGAGACCCACGCCAGCUGCCUUAGUCCCAGCCCCAGGAACAGGAACAGGUUGGACCAGACCAAGAUAGGCUUCCCUACCCCAGGUCAAGCUCCUGAUGAGAGCAGCUGAGAAGCAGGAGGCCCUGUCCCACAGUGCUGGGCAGGAGAAUGGGCAGGGGACCUGCCAGGGUCCUUGUUCAGACUUUGCCUCUUGAUCUUAUAGUGGAAGAGGGUUUCUCUGCCUGUGAGAAGGCAGCAGACCUGGAGAUGCUGCAUCUUCCUUCUGCAGGCUGGGGUUGUUCCUGGCUCCACCAGCACAACCCAGCUGCAUGGACAGGAUCUCCUUGGGACAAGGACAUGCCAAGGGACUCCUAUGUAUGGGCAGAGGAGAGGACACUUCCAUCUCUGUCAUUUCACUGGGACAAAUAACGGCCAUCAGGGAAGAGCAGAUGUCCCUUGAACCAUUUACCCUUGAGCCGGUAAUGGCCCGGCUAACACCACUAACAUCAGUAACACCAGAGCCCUGGGCACCUCACUGAUCCUGGGUGGCCAACAUGGAGCCCUCCAUCCUUGGCUGUUUAACCCAAAACUAAUGUCUGAGUGGAGGAGUGCUUGUCAUCCAUAGUACUUAUUAGGGAGAUGGCACUCGAGAGCCUGGCUCAGGCUGUGCCUUUGUUUCUCCUGCUGGAGUGGUGCUGUGCACGUGCUCUGCCAAGCCAUGCCCCCUGUCCCUGUCAGUGGGCAGGGGCUGCCCCUCUCAGGGGAGAUGUUAGCUGGCCAGGGGCCCAUGCUGGGCUGUUGAUGGACACAGAUGUCCAGCUGAAGCCCAGUCAGUGGUGCCAAGUGCCAGUCAAACUGGGCUGCCAGCCAGGAGUACACUGGGGUGGGCACAGUGACACAGAGUAGUGGGGUGCCAUCAGGGUGCCCCUGGGCAGUAGCAGCCAGAGAGGACUGGAAACUGCUGUCUCAUUUCGGUCUCACUGCUUCUGCAGGGCUGGGGGACCUGCAGAAAAACCUAGAGGACUGGGACUAGAUAAGAAAGGGGAGAAAGAGGAGUGGACCCUGCUGGGUGCUGGAGGGGUACAUCCACCCUGGCCCACCCACAGAUGUCCUAGGGAUGGAGAUGCUCCUGCCCCAGUAUUGCUAAUGAGCUGGAGGAGAACUGCCUCAUGGCAUGGAGGAUGCUCCAGGAAGAUCUCCAGAGAGACUGGAGCUGAAGCCCAGCACCUGCCUGGGCACAAGGAUGCCUCUCCAGCCACCACCUUGUGUCCCCAGGAGCUAGGGCUGUCUCUAGCAUGAUGGUGUCUCCACUCAGGGUGGGGGAAUUGUUUUUUCUUGUAAAUUUUAUCUUUUUAUUAAACCGUUGAUAAGUUAUAAAGGAGGAAAAAAUA